GGGGAGGAAAGAUCAAUGCCGGGGGGUCAUAAAUACACAUGGUCUUUGCAAAGCUCAAGUAAUCUUCUGGACACGCAUUGACAUACUGGAGUUUUGUGGGAAAUAACAUUACCAAAAUGCAUCUGCAUCACUUUAACCUGGCUAAAUUUGGAUUUUGCACAUUAAUCUUGCUAGUGCUGAUGCACCAGGUGUCUGCUGUGCCAGUAGUGACUCCUGAGGUGCGAUCAGAUCUUCAGUCAUCACAUAUACUUCAACGCAAGAUAAGAAUGUCCCCUCUGUGGCGAAUCAUGGGGUUCAAACCAUAUGGAGCCUAUUGCUAUGACAACAUAGAGUGUAUUACAGGUUUAUGCAGGAAAGGUCAUUGUUCGUUUAAUGAGCCUGUUCAUUCUUAGUGGAUUGGAAGCCUGAAAAAAGUCAUUCAUGAGUCAACCCAAUAUAUAUAUAUUUUAUGGCCAUAGGCUCUGUUUCAAGCACUUUAAUUUCUGGACUGUAUAUAGCGCUGUACAUGUACAGUGCAGAGCAUGUGGAGAAGUCUGACUUGAAAAGUUACAUUGGUUUCACUGUAUAUGUUUUAUGUUCAAGCCAUUUAAAAACGUCAUUGUUUAUUAACAAUGAUGUUAAACCUGACUCUUGGGGUUUAUGUUUUUCUUUUUCUUGACAUUUAAAAAUUUAAUUAUCUGUUAGUGCAUUGUAAAUAUACUUAACAGGCUGUAUUUAUCUGUAUGAACAUGAUUUUUAAUUUGUGUAAUGCAUUAUUAAGAAUCACAAUGCCAUAAAAGUGCAUUUGUUACUGUUUAGAAUGUGGACUUGCUGGAGGUAUUGAGGCUAAAAUUUCUAUUUAAAGAUCUAUACAUGUAUGAAAUAAUUAUAGUCAUGUGAUAUUUGAUAUAAAGUACUGUAUUAGAUAAGCUAUGAGGACAUACAGAAGGCCUCAGCAGUGUUAAUUAAAAUCUAUACUAGGGACAGGGCCUGUAAGAGAUGCACAGCCGCACAUAUCUUUCUCAGGAUGUUCUAUGUUCUGAGAAACCCAGUUCUAACGGCAAAGGGCCCUGAAGUCCCUCAGUAUCUGCAUGUUAAGAGUAUUUGCACAAGAAUGUACUGUAACAGACUGAUAUCAUUGUACUUGAACGACCUCCAAAUGAACCCAGAUUGCAUGUUCCUUUUCUGACACGAGAGCAAAGUUGAAGUUAAUCAAAUAAAUCACUAACAGUUUCAUUAUUUCAA